AUGUCCAGUCCGGUUCGAGUCACUUUGGCAAUUACACCGCUUGCUGGAUCCGCGGGCCAUAGCAAACUGCUGCUCGCCAUCUCGAUCGAUCGGGAAAGUAGAUCCCACCCGCGCCACUUUGCCCUCGGCAAGUUCCAGGGACCCAACACUGGGGCUUUGGCAUGGGCAUCAAAGAAGCCUGUCCAGCACAUCCCGCUAGCUGGCUAG